CGCCCAGCAAUUCUUCCGAGUAGGUCUUCACGCGGGCACGGUUGUUGGAAGUCGACCAAUCACCCGCGCUUCUUCUCGCCUAUCACCUCCCAGUCGCCUUGCUUGCAGAGCGCGCUGAACCGAUCGACGAAGUAGCGAGCACGGCUUUGACUGGGCGAGAUGGCGCCGCCAAAGGCAUCCCACCCCGAAGAACAGGACGAUGUUCCCACCUCGCACCUUCAGCGACCAGAUCCAGAAUCCAUCUUGGCAGAUGAUGCGGACCCAGACACCUUGCUCGGCAAAGAGAGCGACUCUGAAGCUGGCGGCAGUCGCAGAACGUCGACAGCAGAGCCGGCCUUUGCGGACGCUCCGGACACCAGCUCUGUCGAAGCGCCAGCGACGCCCGAGGUGAAUGGGACGAGCAAAGCUGUCAAUGGCAGUGGCCUGGGCGCUCCCGCGGAUAUCCGAACGCCAGUCACUGCCACGCCGACCCAAUCCGAAUUCAAGGCAUUGGCACUUGGAAACAAAGCCGCUGGCGAAACCUCGAAGGAGAGCACGACCUCUGCUGGGUCUGCAGAGCUGGAGACGCAAGUAUCGGAUCUGACGAGCCAGGUGAUGAGCUUGAACAGCAAGCUAGUCGCUUCUUACGAGCAGCGAUCCGAUCUUGAAGACGACUUGUCCGACGCGCAUAAUCGUAUCAUGGCACAUACUACGCGGAUCGCAGAGCUGGAAAAGGAGAGGCAGGAGCAUUUAGCAGCGCUGAAUACUGGGCUCUUGGUGGAAAAGGCGCACGUGAGCACAGAGAUGCAAAAGAUGAUGGAGCGAUUACUGGAAGAGACAGCACAGAGAGGCAAAGCAGUGGAUGCAAAGGAGAAGAUGCAGGGCGAGCUAGACGAUCUUAGCGCAACGCUGUUCGAAGAGGCGAAUCGAAUGGUCGCUGCUGAGCGUCUACUCCGAGCUCGUGCAGAGGAGAAGAGCAGGAAUAUGGAGGAGCGCUUAAAGGACACGGAAGGGAUCAUGCUCGAACAGCAAAAGAUUCUAGGCGAUCUGCAGAGGCAGGUGGAGAGCGCGCGAAGCGAAGCCGCGGAUGGCCAGAGAGGCUCGCUGCCAAGCGAAUCUCGUACUGCGGAUGCAAACGGGUGGAGCGCGCUUGCAAGUGAAGGGCGCUUGUUAAGAGCCGACGAUCUGGUGCGCACUCCUUCCCAGCGGUCUGUCGAAGACGGUGCUGCGCGAAGAGGAUCUGUGGCGCCCCUUCUGCACCAGCAGUGGCUCCAGAUCGACAUUGUGCCAUUCAGGGAGCUUUGCGCGUUCCUGCAGCAGCUUCGCAAGCUUCGGAUUCAGCUCGCACCUUUCUACACGUAUCCACUGCCAGGAGAGGGUCAAAAGACCGUAUCUGCAACCAGCGGGCAAGGGGCAGGCAGUGAAGCAAGGCCCGUAUCGCCUGCCCCCCUCGGGAUGCCCCUCGGGAUGCCGGGUAUGCCCGUGAGCUUUACGGGGCUGGGAAGCUCUGGCUUCGCAGGAGGCUACUCUGGCCCCACUACAAACUCUCCAUUUGUUGCUGCUGGAGUCGGCAGGCAUAAGGAUUAUCCAUCUCUGCCUGCCAAUGCUGAGAGUCUCGUUCACAUUCCCAACCAGCUGUCCCUGCCAUUCAUUAAACGUUCUCAGGAAGAAGAUAGCGAUCCUUGCCUGCGAUUCGACUUUGCGCCUGGCCUUAAUUGGCUCUCGAGAAGGCAGGCAAAUGCGGCAGUGCUGGAGGGGACAUUGGUCGUGGAGCCUGUCUUUCCUGGCGGAGUUUGUCCGGAUGAAGAGGCGGUGCGCAGGGCCAACGCGCACCUUCCACCCGCAGCCUGCACCAUGUGCGGCGCCGGUGUGGUGAACGUGCCUCUUCCGGGCGGUGGUCAUACGGAGACGACAACCGCUGCUAGUACCGCAGCUAACUGGAUCAGUGCUGCUGGCACUGCCGCCCAGUCAUUUGGCGGAAGGAGCAGUGCGGAAAGCCCGAGUGCUACCAGCACGCCUACCGCUCCCCGAGCCAAAUCUGGCAUCUUCAGCACCCUCCGCUCCAUGGGAAGUAGCCCUCGGCCCAGCGUCUCUGCCAACAAUAGCACCUCUGGACACGCUCACACGUCAAGCGACACGAGCAGCAACCUUCACGGAGACGCGGAGCAGGCGCCAGACUCGCCAAAUCCUGCUGUGCAGAUGGCUGGUCCCGCUGUACCUUUACCAGUGCCGACGCACAUCUUUCGUGUGAACGAAACGUCUACGACAAGGUACCUGAUAUGCCCUAAUCAUUGUCUCGCCCGGCUUCGAGCGGCAUGCGCUUUCUGGGGCUACCUGAGAUCUCUUGAGCGUGCGGUCGUGCUUGAAGGCAAGCUGGCAUGGGACGACGCCCCCUCAGCGAUGGGGCCCGCCGCAGCGAUCGCGCGAGCCGGCUCUCCUGCAGCGCCUAUCCGCCCGGACUCAGUCAGACCAUCACCACUAUCAACAGAAGUUGCGUCCGCCUCUGAACCACACGCCGCCCCUACAACGGGCAAGGCUGCGGUCAUUGAGAAGCUAGAACAAGCAGCGGAUGCCGAACAAGGUGCAGCAGAGGCCCAGACCGAAGCUGAUGCUUCGUUGACACCUUCUUCGGAGGCAGCCGAGGGCUCGACACAAGAUGCAAAAGCGCAAAGCGAUUCCACGGACGCACAUGAUGAUGAUGGAGGGGACACAGAUGCGGAAGCAGAAUCUUCGUUUGCGGAUGCUCAAAGUGAAGCUUCGAGCCCGCAGGUGGAGAGGACCGAGCUCGCCAAAGACGAGCUCGAAGCGAUCGAUGCUCCGCAAACAGCCUCUACGAAGCUCAUUGCUCCGCAGCAAGACGAGGCUCCCCCUACGCCCAAAGCGACCUCGACUUCAUCUGCUGCCCUUGACGAGGCCGCUGACAAAGCGCUCACGACGAGCACCUCUUCGUCAGCUGCAGCUUCUCCACGAAUUGCUCCCCCUCCCUUGCCCAAACGAGCGACGAAUCGGCGUCCGGUGCCAGUACCGCCGGCCACGUCUCGCAGACCUUCGACGGAAUCCCAAUCGGCUACAAAGGACGACGAUUUCCUCGCUGCUCCACCUGCGCUGCCCAGACGCAAAUCCUCGGUGGCGACCCCGCCCACGCCGGCUCAACCUAUCAGAUCCGUCCUGCCAGCAAGCGGCGGGGAUGGACUGGCGUGGGAGGAAAGAGUGUGGCAAGAAGUGCAAAGACUGAAGGCGGAGAUGGCAAGAGCCAGGUGGGGGCUGGCCGGAUGAGUCGACUCGUUUUGAGCAGCAGGAUUGAGCAAUGCUACAUUUUGCAGCACUGUGAACUCCUGACGCAAUGCAUCCGGAUCGGCGGGCGACCUUGACUAGCGUGCGUGUAUCAUACGCCCUGCAGAGAGGGAUAGAG